AUGAACCUUCAAGGCCAGGACUGGGACACCGUGGUGAUCCGCAAGAAGACACCAAAGGGGUCCGAGGCCAAGUCGUCGGCCGCUGUCAACCAGGCACGCCGCGCGGGAGGUCCAGUCGAGGCGAUCAAGAAAUACAACGCCGGGACAAACAGAACAACCAAGGCUGGGGCGGGCAAGGAUUCUCGCAAGCUCGACGAAGAGUCAGAGGAACUGCAUCAUGACCGUGUGAAUAUGGAACUGAAGAAAAAGAUUCAGCAAGCACGGAUGGCGAAGAAAAUGACCCAGGCCCAACUGGGGCAGGCUAUCAAUGAAAAGCCAAAUAUCAUCCAGGAGUACGAGAGCGGAAGAGCUAUCCCCAAUCCACAGGUCUUGUCGAAACUCUCCCGUAUCUUGGGAGUACCGCUCAGCAACAAAGCAAGACCAUCCAAGAAGCCAACCAAGUAG